AUGUUUCCACACGAAAAAGCGACGGCCCUGUUAUCUGGUGCAACUGCAGGUCUUUGCGUUGAUUUGGUCGUCUAUCCACUGGACACUAUCAAGACGCGUUUGCAGAGCAUCUCAAGAUCCAUCAGGCCUUCCGGUCGUCUGCAUCUCUUCGCUGGAUUUCCAGCUGUCCUCUCCGGCUCGGCUCCAGGAGCUGCUCUGUUCUUCUGCGCCUACGAGAUGACCAAGAACCGAACAGCAGAGAUAGCACCGCCUUGGCUCUCCGCCAUGCUAGCGGCAAGUUUGGGUGAGGUGGUUGCCUGUAUAAUCCGCGUACCCUGCGAGACGGUCAAACAGCGAGCACAAAGCCAACCUCACCUCGGCUUCGGGCGUGUUCUCUCCAACACCUUGCGAACCGAAGGUCUGGGAGGCAUGUACCGUGGCUAUCUCAGUACAAUCCUGCGAGAACUCCCCUUUUCCCUCAUCCAAUAUCCCGUUUGGGAGACUCUUAAGCGCUUCAUGGAGCGGUAUAAUCAAAGCAGGACUGGUGGCAGUGGCAGCCUGUCAAAGGGACAGUUUGCACUUUGCGGUGCAAUGGCUGGUGCCCUUGCCGGUGCCUGUACAACACCCUUCGAUGUCGUCAAGACUCGUAUCAUGCUCGCAGAGAAGCAGAGUGCAUUUUCCACUAUCAAUGUGUUGACAGUGACGCGUCUGGUCUACGCUGAGGCGGGCUUUCGGGGUCUCUUUGCCGGUUUGGUUCCGCGGGUGAGCCUUCUUGCCAUUGGUGGGUCAAUUUUCCUUGGUCUCUACGACAUCACAAAGGCCUUCUGGUCACACACGCUAGACCGGUGUCGAGACCCUUUUUAUCAUUGGUUGUUAAAGGCAAGCGCAGUUGAUUAUGCGCUGAUUAUCUACUCAAUCGUAGUACACUUCUUUGGUUUAUAUGCGAUGGAUAGAUUUAAGGCACCCACGAGUGCUAUAGAUUUGUGCUAUUUUAUCAAGCAGCGCAAGAAAUCCGAAUUCGUCAGUAAUGUUCCACCCAUGUACUUUGCUCUCGGAGUCAAUCAAUGUGCUGAUGGUUCUGCUUACUUAGAAUAUGGUCGUACAAAGGUCAUGUGUUGUGUCUGUGGCCCUGUUGAACUAAAGCAAGAUGGACAACUUGUAACUUCCUUUAGAUUCGCUCCAUUCUCCUCGCAAAUCAGGCGCGAUACUUUUAAGGAUGCUGAAGAGAAGCGGUUGAGUCAGCUACUUCUGACCGCUCUCGAACCCUCUGUUAUUCUUGAUAGUUUUCCUCGAGGCAAGUACCAGAUAGCCGUAACCGUCCUCGAUGACGGCACAGAGCUGAAUGAUUACGUCUGCAGCACCUCCUCUUGUCUGUCUGCUGGAAUUACUUGCGCAACUCUAGCUCUCGUUCACGCUGGUGUUCAAAUGUACGAUCUGGCCAUCGGACUAGACGUGAUGUCCAGGGCACUCAAUUCAAACUCUCCUGAAGGCGGCGACUUAAUAUCAUCGGUAGCAGUAAUGCCUCAACUAAACCAGGUGACCAUGUUUAACGGUACCUCAUUGGGCCUUCGCUCUUUGGAUGGCCUGCGGACGGUUAUGGAGGAGGCUUUUACGAGAGCGGAGUCCAUUUAUGCUACUAUUCAUGGUACUCUUUACUCUAUAAUGAAGACUGAUUACAAGGAAUUGGAGAAGCCGGAAUAA